CCCACGUGCGAGAUGCUGAGACUUGUGUGUAGUUAUGACUGCUGAGAAGGUUUGAAUUGAAUCAGUAUUCGGUUUGGUCGGUCCAUGAAAGGACUUCCUUCUUUGCGCGUAGGUGGCAGGCGUUUGCAUAUCAACACUAAUACACUACAUUUAAAUUGCAAACAAACAUGGAAGAGUUACCUGUUUCGAAGAAAGUAGUUGAAUAUGAGCAUUUUGUUAAUGAGAUAUUACGGAAGGAUUUGAGAAAAGUACUUGAAAAUAGAGAAGAAAUAUUCACUCAGACUGCACAGUACCUUCAAUUGAAGACGGUCAUUGAAAAAAUAAAAGGUAAUGUGUCAGAUGACGAUUUGAAAACACAAGUGGACUUGGGAUGCAACUUUUAUGUUCAAGCAAAAGUACCGGAUACUUCAAAGAUAUUUGUUCAGGUUGGGUUUGGAUUUUUUGUCGAGUUCACUCUUACAGAAGCCUUGAUUUUCAUCGAUGAAAAAAUAAAACAACUCAACAAAAAGUGUGAGAAACUUACCAAAGAUUCAGCCACGAUCAAAGCAAAUAUAAAACUUGUGUAUGAAGCGCUCAAGGAACUGCAACAUAUCAGUGACAAGAAACCAGAAGAAGGUACUGUGGUUUGGUGAAGAUAUUCUUCAGUGAUGAUUUAUUUAUCAAAUGGAACCAGCAAUUUACUACACAACUAAGGUAUACGUUCAUAUCAACACAUUGUUGAAAUGAUAAGCCUUAAAAUACUGUUGAAAAUUGUGAAUAUAUUUGUAAAAUUGUGAAUAUGUUUGUAAAUUUGGUCAUACACAUCAGAAAGUGGGAACAAAUUGGAUUAUGCCACGUAGGUUGCCUAGAUUGACUAACACUUAUUUAAACUAUACUUGCCUUCAUUGUUAAAGGUAUUAUUAUCCACGUUUUUAAUGUUUCAUUUGUUUGUUGUAAACAAAUGUAUGUCUUGCGAUUUAAGAUGCUUGAACCUUUUUGUUUGUAAAUUCAGAACCUCUGUCUGUAUGAAUUUUUAAAAGUUUUCUUUGCGGAUAGUAGUUUCUUCAUAGCAUCCAACAUUGUAUCGCUGUAUUAUUGUAUUAUGCAUGGAUAACCCAUGCAUAUUUCAAUAAUACAUUGAUACAUGUAAUGCGAAAUCUGUAUUGUUUAUUGUAGCGUUUUAGUGUUAAAUCAACGAGAUCCAAUUCCCAUUGCUCAUCAAUAUCUGUUACAUAUAAUCUAUAUCUCGGGAAACGGUGUUGAAUAGGCUUAUGUAAUGUGUAUGUGUCUUGUGUGCUUAGCCAUUUUGUAACUUGUUUCUUAGUAAUAUUUAAUUCAUCUUUCACACUUUGAUAAAGUCGUUCUGCACCUUCAAAACUGCCAGGAUGUUUAGGAUCGUAAUAGACUUUUCUCAAUUUCUCGUCAAUACUCAUUUCUCUCACACAAUCAAAUAAAACGAGACAACUAAAUCGAAGACUAAUAAUCAUUUAAAAUUCAUUCAUUUUUUUUCCAUAGAUUUAUUUACAAACACUAUUGAAAAUGAUUACAGUAGAACAUCACAGAAAAAUAAUAAUAAUAAUAAUAAUAAUAAUGCAUGUAUAAAUACAUUUAAAAUCGCUUAUGCAUUUAAAUUUUAUCAGCAUAUAUUGAAAACAGGAUUUGUAAUUUACAGCAAUCAAAUAAUAAUAAUAAAAAAUUAUAAUGAUAAUAACGAUAAUAAAAAUGAGACAUGGUACGUUUAAGAGCUUCAAACAUUAAAAAUUGUAUCAAAUAAAUGAAUAUCAGAUUGAAUUGAAAGCAAUAGAUGGAAUGUAUUUUCACAUGUAAUACUAAUGCUUUGUCGAUCAAGCCAUUGAUCAUACACAACUUGAUCAUCGAUAUAGUCGUCAUAUAUAGUAUUUUCUCAAAAUAUUUGCUUAAUUGGUCGUAGCCGGACAUCAUCAGACAAAUUUGUGAUUUGUAUUUAAGAUGCAUAGGAAUACAUUCGUCACUGGUUUGUGAGCCAAUAGCAAGCACUUAAAAUUAGUAGGUGGAGUAAAAACCAACCAUACAAAUUUAAAUAAGUUGUUUAUUAUAAGUAAAUUUAUUUGAUUAA